AUGGACUCCUCUACUGCUCAGUGGACUUGGCCUGACGACGUCCCGAGCGCCAGUAGUGCGAGCGAUCAUGAUGGCCAAUCUUCAAACCACAACGAGUCCCAGCACACGGAGCCUCCUCAAAGAAGAGCAGAUUUUGAGUCGCAACCACAACCACAACCGCGUCCACGACACUAUGGUCCGCGGAGUUGUCGCAUAUGUCUUGAAGAGUGCAAUCCUACGUGGCCCAGCACUGGCAACACAAGCACUUUAGUCGGCAUGAUGGGAUCUGGCGCCAAGCCUGUAUACAUGUCUGCAGACGGCUUGGGUCGCCUGAUAUCGCCCUGCAAGUGCAAAGGAUCACAGAAGUACGUUCAUGAGGGCUGCCUGAGAGCCUGGAGAACCGCGGACCAGACGAGGCGGUCCGCAAACUUCUUCACGUGCCCAACAUGCAAGUACCAAUACAAGCUGAGUCGGUUAUCCUGGGGCACACGGCUUCAGAGCGGUACCGCGCAAAUCAGCCUCACGGCUUUUGUGUUUGUGUUUUCGGUUUUUUUGCUGGGCUUUGUGGCAGAUCCCAUCUUCAACCUCUGGGCUGAUCCGGUCGGGACCAUUGCAGAAACUGUCGUUGGCUCGUUUGACGAUUUUGGUCGCCCUCCAGAGCCUGUACACGUUCCUGGAGAUGGAACAUGGUACGAGCACUUCGUCAAGGGCUUCCUCUCUCUUGGUAUUGUCGGCUUCUUGAAGUAUCUCAUUGCCAUGUCACCAUGGCAAUGGUGGAACAUGAGAGCCAGCGGCAUCAUGGGUGGAGGUGGCCGUCGCGGAGGAGGCGGUCGUAACCGGAGCGAAGGUAUCAGCUGGGCCCUCGUCAUGAUCGGGGCUAUGACCUUCAUCUACACCGUUUGGAAGGCUGUAAACUCACUGAGCCAUACGGUCCUCCAGCGAGCUGGCGACAGUGUACUGGAUGUGGGUAACGAAGAUGAUGAUGAGGACUAA